AUGACAGGGAAGAAAUCUAUUUCUGUUUCAAUGUUUUUUAUGGUUUUAGGUAUGCUAGUAACACCAUUGUUUUCACGACAAAUUGAUGACAUAACAUGCCCUGAAGCUCUUUUGUCAUUGUUGCCAUGUCUUCCAUUUCUGCAAGGAACUGGUCCUCCUACACCUCCGAGUAACUGUUGUGAUGCUUUAGGUAAUUUGAAUCAAAAGGCCAACACCCCUCAGAUUCGAAAAGAUGUUUGCAAUUGUCUCAAACCUGCUGCGUCAAGAUUUAAAGUUAACCCAGAUAGAUCAAAACAACUGCCACCACUUUGUAACAUUAAACUUUCAGUUCCUUUUGACCCUAGUGUCGAUUGUAACACGUAA